GCCAACAACAUUUGGAUGCAAAAGAAAAGUUGUUACAGGAAAGUUCACAUGGACUUGAAAUGAGAGAGAUGCAACUCCAAGAACAAGUCAAAGAGCUUGAAUCGAAACAGGAAGAAUUUGAUUCGAUUAGAAGAUCCACGGAGGAACAUAUCCAAAACCUGAAAUCCAAGGAGAAGACCAAUGUCCAUCCUGAAGUGGAUAAUGAUCAGCAAUUGCUAUGUACCCCUGCUACCAUUACCAAUAGGGAUGGAAGAGGCUUGCAGUUGCUCAUGAAUGAGCAUUUGAAAAGAAUUGAUUUAGUUGGCACCGAAAUCUCAGCUAUUCUCCAGGCGUCAUCUGACCCAGCAAAACUAGUUUUGAAUGCAAUGCAAGGGUUUUACCCUUCAAAUUCGACUGGAGACAACUCAGAGACAUCCGAUUAUGAUUUGAGAGUUAUUAGGAGGAGUUGUAUUCUUUUGUUACAGGAGUUGAAGAUAUUCUCACCACAAAUAAGUCUUCAGGUGAGAGAAGAUGCAAUGAAUUUGGCGGCUGAUUGGAAGGCUAAGAUGACGAUGGCAAGCGAGAAUGGUAUGGAGGUUUUGGGCUUUUUGAAGCUUGUUACUGUGUAUGAGAUCACAACUGCUUGUGAUCCAAAGGAGCUUCAAAGUCUUCUUGCUAUCGUGGCUCAGCAUGGACAAGCAUCUGAGUUAUGCCAGGCACUUAAGACCACAAACAAGGCAGCUGCGAGCAACAGCAUUUCUUUCGCUGUUAAAGUUGAGGAACCAGAAUCUUCACCGGUUAGAAAUGUACUUUCUUCAUCUUCUCCAAAUCUUCAACCGAGUGCCACUACAGAUGCAACAGAUGUGCAGGGCUCUCCAAACAAGCAUUCAAGUGGUAACCCACCAAUGCAGAAUGGAAUGUUUGUUGCCCUACAAAUAUCAUUGCACCCGGAAAAACUUGCUUUCAAGUUGAUAAAAACUCAUUUGGGUCAAUGCUGGGGAAACGGAGACGUUGGUUUUGGAGCAGUUGUCAUGGAGAAUACCAUUUCCCUGUUGAUUGAUCUAGCAAAAGUCACACGGCGUAUUGGAUCUGAUGUGAAAAAGAUGCUAAAGAGCUAGGACUCCAGUGGAUGGCAAAAUUGAGAGCUGAUUCUGAAAAUUCCAUGGAGAUUUUGGGGUUUUUGCAGUUUAUAUCUACAUAUGAAUUGCUUUCUGCCUUUAACAAAGAUGAAAUUGUGAAGCUUUUUGGGAUGAUUUAUCUGGAUGAAAUGGCUCUAAACUCAUGCCGAACACUUGGUUUUUCAGAUAAGAUCCCUGAUUUGAUUCAGAAUCUUAGCCUCAUGAUUCAACCGCCGGAACGGCGCAAAUGUAAGCGUCUCAGACGGCUGAGUGAGCUGCCGUGAUUAAAAAUAUUGAGCGGCAUUACUUGCAUUCAGGGGAAGCAGCUAUUCAGAAUUUGCUUGUGUGGAAGUGGAAACAUGUUAUUCAGAGUUUGCUUGAACUAUCAUGUUUAAAAUAUAGUUUAUAAAGUUUUACUUAGAAGAGGUUGGCAUGACAUGUUUACUUAUUCGGAAGGGCAAGUUUGAGGACGAAAA